AUGCUCGAACAAACGCUUGAAGAUUUAAAAGGACCGGCCUUGUUAGUCGAAACUUUAGAGAUUGCUCAAAAGUUCAAUACAGCUUUCCAGUGGAUCCCGAGUCACGUGGAUAUCGAAGGCAACGAAAUUGCAGAUCAACUGGCGAAUAUGGGGCUGUCGGACAAUGCUCCUAUUCUAGAAAAUCAGCUCUUGUUAAAAGAUGCCUUUAACAAGUUCGAAUCCCAGGCACUUCAAAACACCAAAUCGUGGUUCCAAGAAUAUAGCGACACAGACGGUAACCUAAAAGGAAAAACAUUUAGGAAAAUUUACCCUGAAUACUUACCAACGCCUUGGUAUCAUAAAAGACAGCUGGAGGGAAAUGAGAUACGCCUGAUAAACCGACUGAUGACAGGACACGAUUAUUCCAAAUACUGGCUCGGAAUUAUGAAAAUGGCAGAUGAUGGUGAGUGUGACAUCUGCCAGGCUCCAGAAACAGCAGAACACGCAAUUAUAUUCUGUCCGAAAUACAAUGACUUAAGAUCAAAGUAUUCUUUCGAACUGAAACUCAACAGUCUAACUGAUUUACUUAAAUUGAACGACACAAAACUAUUCCAAGAAGUUACUGAUUUUGUCAAGAAAGCUAAAUUGAAUUUAUGA